AUGCUUGCAAGGCAUGGCAUUCCUGAUGUUAUCUCCGAUAAUGGUCCUUGCCAUGCCAGUGCUGAGUUCAAAGACUUCGCGGAAAGCUGGGAAUUCAGGCACAUCAUGUCUAGUCCUGGUCAUGCCCAGUCGAAUGGUCAAGCAGAAAGGACAGUACAGACUAUAAAAAAUCUGCUGGAAAAAAAUCAGUGUAAUGGUGACCCCUACUUUUCACCGUUGGAGUAUCGCAACACACCAUUGGAAGGUGUAGGGUCAUCACCAGCUCAGUUGCUGAUGGGACGGCGGCUGAGAGGAAAACUGCCAACCUCAACAUCACUGCUACCUCCAGAGGGAACUGUCCAAGUACGCAGGCAGUUGAGAGAAAAGCAGGAGAAGCAAAAACUCUACUUCGACAGGCAAACAAGGAGACCGUCUGACCUGCAAGCGGGAGAAAAUGUCAGGGUGCAAAGAGGAGAGCCAUGGCAGCCAGCCGUGGCCCUGCACAAACACCAGCAACCGCGAUCUUUCGUGGUUCGCACACCAGAUGGGAGACUGUACACGAGAAAUCGAAAGUAUCUGCAGAAAACAGAUGAGAAAACCUUUCGAUCAGCAAGUGAACAGGACAUCAACCUGGACAUGGACCCAGGGAUGACAGACUGUUGCCUGUUUGAGGAUGAGCUCUGUACUCAGUACGAGUUCUGCACCAACGAUGGGGUCUUCGGGAAGUGCCAGGGGCUGACUGGCACCAAACUGUACAGAUACGAUGUGACUCCCUCCACUUUGGAUCGCUUGAGGACCCUCUUACAGAAACUGGCCCACAGAGGUCUGACUUGGCAGGAUGACGUCACCCAGGAAGUGAUCUCCAGAGAGCUGUCCAAAGUGACGAAGGUCCCCCUCCACCAGCUCGCCUCACUCCCCGGCCCUCGCAGCGCGGAGAGGAAACCAGCGGGUCUCAGCAGGAGCCUUCAGCAGUACCUGAAAGACCUGGGCUUCCUUCCGCGGUCUGAAGUGGCUGGAAGCCCGGGCGUCCAAUUGGAGGGGCUUGGCAUGCAGAAUGAAGACGUUAUGUCCAAUAGCCUAUUGGCCCCCAGCCAGCCAAAGCCCUACCAGGGUUGGAGGAAGACCACUGUCUACAGCCUUCAUGAUGGAGCUGGCAAAACUCCAGUCACCAAGGUUUUCACCCAGAGUGGUGAGGGCAAAAUCCCCCAUCUAGCUUCGGCCUACCCAAGCCCAGACGCGAGCAGGAGUGGACUCCUCUCUAGCCGACUGGAACACCUCCUUGCCGGGGCAACAGUCACUCAACCUGGCAGCCCAGGUGGUGGAGCGCCAUGGCCCGGGGGAAAGUUCAACUACCUUGGCUUCAUCAGGCCAGCCGCUGAGCACCCAGAGCCCCGGACACAGACGGCUGUUGGCUUCAAAAGCCCAAAGCCCAGCCUGGAGAGACUGCUGUUCAAGAGCGGAUCCAACCAUUUGACAGCCAAAGAGCCUCUGAGUGUCAUGGACGAGCAAUUUAUCCAGAAUGUGGUGAACCAGCUGGGGAGGCACAGCAUUAACAUGGAGGCUCUGAUGGGAAAAGACCUGGACCAGCUGGCUGAGGUCAUCACAGGAGCCCUGCAGGUGGUGGACAAGGAGGAGCCCAGUCCAGGGGCCCUGCCCUCCCCAGACACCACAGACCCGAGGGGGGACGGGGAGGGUAAGACCAAGCCCCUGCCUUAUGUGGGCCUGGGUCAAGACCAGGACUUGAAUUUGCACAGAGAGCAAAGUCUGAACCAGGAGGACACACAGAGAGGACCACUUCAAGGCCAGCAAAUAGACGGUGCAAGUAAAGAGCCAGCUGACAAGCACAUGGCUUUCCUCACCAAGCUGCUGGACUACCUUAACCGAGAGCCCUUCGAUGAUGCUCUGGCAGUCGAUAGUCCUGUCAAUGGUGGCGGGCCGGCGAGCUCCAGUGCCGGACAGAGAACAGUUGGACUUGAGAAUGUCCAAAGCCGGACGACCCAGGGCCAAGUCCGGGUGCUCCCGCCCUGGACCGAGAGGCACGUGGCACUGGCCAUAAAGGGCGACCCCUCUGCGGGUUUAACCGGCGGCAUGAUGACACCCGGCGCUCAGGUGGACUCUGAGGUGGAGAGCUGGAUCCGGGGGAAGGCGGGAGCCACGGCUGGGACCAACCAGUCAGAGGAGCCGCUGAAGGGCAUGACAAUUAAGACUCAGCUUGUGCACGUGGGAGUGAAGGAGUUCUCCAGCAGGGGGAAGGACCGACACUUCGGCUACAUCAUCACUAAUUCAAAUUCUCUCACCACUGACCAGGGAUUGGACCUGAUGGAGCGACUGGCACAGAAGCUAAACCUUCACGCCACGGACCUCACCCAGCUCUCCGUGCUCGGUCCGGCGUUGACCUUCAGAGUCGGGCCUAACCCAAAGAAUGUGACCACUGCAGACAUGGUUAGAGUGGCAGUUGAACAGAAGAAGCAGCUGGGGAAAGAGACGGGCCUGAAGAUAGUGGAGGCCGGAGUCAGUGAUAGGGGCAGCUUGACCCAGAUCCCUGUGGUGAAGGAGACCAGAGUGGAGUCGGGCCAGUUUCUGCUGCUCUCUGUCCUAUGCAUGCUGUUCGUCCUGGUCGUGCUGGCAGGGUCUACCACCUUCUUCUGCCUGCGCCAGCGCUCCCACCUUCGCAUGAAGGAGAAGCUGGCCAGCCUUGGGACUGACACCAGUAGUGAUGCAACAGCAACCUAUCAGGAGCUGUGCCGCCAGCGCAUGGCCACCAGGACAUCGGAGCGAGUGGAGCGCCCGGAGACGCUGCGCCACUCGAGGCUCAACAGCGUAUCAUCCCAGUUCAGUGACGGUCCAGUGGCCAGCCCCUCAGCGCGCAGCAGCACCUCCUCCUGGUGUGAGGAGCCGGUGCCAUCAAACAUGGACAUAUCCACCGGACACAUGAUACUGUCAUACAUGGAGGACCACUUGAAGAACAAGAACAGACUGGAAAGUGAGUGGGAGGCGCUCUGUGCCUACCAGGCAGAGCCAGGUGCCUGCGACGUGGGCCAGGGUGAGCAGAACACCAAGAGGAACCGCUCUGAUGCCGUGGUUGUAUAUGACCAUUCCAGAAUCACCUUAAAGGCCGAGAACAAUCACAGCAACUCAGAUUACAUCAAUGCCAGUCCAAUAAUGGACCAUGACCCACGCAACCCUACCUACAUUUCCUCACAGGGCCCACUACCUUCCACGGUGGCAGAUUUCUGGCAGAUGGUGUGGGAGAGCGGCUGUGUCGUCAUCGUCAUGUUGACGCCACUCUCUGAAAACGGUGUGAAACAGUGCCACCACUACUGGCCGGAUGAGGGCUCUGACGUCUAUCACAUCUACGAGGUCAACCUGGUGUCAGAACACAUCUGGUGUGAGGACUUCCUGGUGCGGAGCUUCUACCUGAAGAACCUGCAGACCAACGAGACGCGCACUGUCACCCAGUUCCACUUCCUGUCCUGGAUGGACUGCGGGAUCCCCGACUCAGCCAGGACCCUGCUCGACUUCCGCAGAAAGGUAAACAAGUGCUACCGGGGUCGGUCUUGUCCAAUAAUUGUUCACUGCAGUGAUGGAGCUGGCAGGAGUGGGACAUACAUUCUGAUUGACAUGGUCCUCAAUAGGAUGGCUAAAGGUGCUAAAGAGAUUGAUAUUGCCGCUACCCUGGAGCACUUGAGAGACCAGAGAGCCGGCAUGGUCCAGACAAAGGAGCAGUUUGAGUUUGCGCUGACAGCUGUGGCAGAGGAAGUGAAUGCUAUCCUGAAAGCGCUUCCUCAGUGA